GAUUAUGUAAAAGUAUUAGAAGGAAUUUUAUCAUCUGGAAACAUUAGUGCCAUCAGAUUUUUCAAAAAGGCUGAAUUUACAUUCUCUCAAAAGGAAGAGGCAGAAAAGACGCUCUUUAAAACAUUAAAAAUUGUUAUAUCUAAGGAUGAUAUACAUGCUAUAACAGCUAAAAGAUUGAUUAAUAAUUUUGACAAAUUUAUUAGUACUUUCAGUGUACAACAAUAUUGGAAUAGCCUUAACGUCCGAAUAGAGAAAACCAUCACUAGUACUGCACAAAUUAUAUUACAGGAAAAAGAAGAACAAAAUGCUUGCCAAAUAAGGUGUAAUAUGUUAGAAAAGAAUAUUAAAUCAUUAACAAGAAAAAGGAGUGAUGUGAAUGAUUUUGAGGAAAAACGAACGUCAAAAAAACAGAAUAUAAAUAAGCUAGCUUUCGAUGAUGAGGUAGAUUUUGACGACAACGAGAUAUUCAGUAUGGAUACAAGCAUCGUAUUUACAGAUAACGAUACUGAUGAAGAUUAUGAAGAAAUUUUAUCCAAUUAUGAAGAAUACUGCGAAGAAGAAACCCAAACAGACGUGGCUUCAGCUGAUACCAUUGGAAGUUGGGUUUUGUCGAGUGGUAAGGAUGUAGGCAAAGAAUUAUCCAAAUACCGUGAAAAUAUUCCCCGCACCAAGGCAUACCUAUAUCCGGCCUAUUUCGGGAUACUAGAUCUUUCCGGAGAGGAUACAGAAGUAAAGAAGUUGUUUACAGAUGACGAAUGGAAUGAGAUGAUCAAGGAUUUUAAUAAUAAUGUAAAAUUAAGUGAUAUGGAAGACGAACAAGAGAGGCCCUUCUAUGAGCUGAUGGACAAAAUUUCUGAGAUAUUGAUGAAGAAACCUUUUGAUCUAAUUACCGGCAUUGAAAGCUGUGUGAUUGAAGUACGUAUAUCACUUGUAUUGGUUUCUUAUGGAAGCGCGGAUCUAAUGUUUGUCAUUUAUAGGACAAUAUAA